CCACCGCCCCUGCCCGCCCGGGUCCGCCUGGGGCGCAUGGGGCGCUUCGAGCCGGGAUCGCACGCGGCCCCCGCGCCCAGCUUCCUGCUGCCGUGAGAAGCCGCGCCGGGACGCCUCCCAGACCCCGAGCCGCCGGGAGGAUGACUAUGGCCGGGGGCAGGAGGGGACUGGUGGCCCCGCAAAACACAUUUCUGGAGAAUAUCGUCCGGCGGUCCAAUGAUACUAAUUUUGUGUUGGGGAAUGCCCAGAUAGUGGACUGGCCUAUUGUGUACAGCAAUGAUGGAUUUUGCAAGCUGUCUGGCUAUCACAGGGCAGAAGUGAUGCAAAAAAGCAGUACCUGCAGUUUUAUGUAUGGAGAGUUGACUGAUAAAGACACAAUUGAAAAAGUGCGGCAAACCUUUGAGAACUAUGAGAUGAAUUCCUUUGAAAUUUUGAUGUACAAGAAGAACAGGACACCUGUGUGGUUCUUUGUGAAAAUUGCUCCAAUUCGAAACGAACAAGAUAAAGUGGUUUUAUUUCUUUGCACUUUCAGUGACAUAACAGCUUUCAAACAGCCAAUUGAGGAUGAUUCAUGUAAAGGCUGGGGGAAGUUUGCUCGGCUGACCAGGGCACUGACAAGCAGCAGGGGUGUCCUGCAGCAGCUGGCUCCCAGCGUGCAAAAAGGUGAGAACGUCCACAAGCACUCCCGCCUGGCAGAGGUUCUGCAGCUAGGCUCAGACAUCCUUCCCCAAUAUAAACAAGAGGCACCAAAGACUCCUCCUCACAUCAUCCUACAUUACUGUGUUUUUAAGACCACAUGGGAUUGGAUCAUCUUAAUCUUGACUUUCUACACAGCCAUCUUGGUCCCUUACAAUGUCUCCUUUAAAACCAGGCAGAACAACGUGGCCUGGCUGGUUGUGGAUAGCAUCGUGGAUGUCAUCUUUUUGGUGGACAUUGUGCUGAAUUUCCAUACCACCUUUGUUGGACCAGCGGGGGAGGUGAUUUCUGACCCCAAACUCAUCCGUAUGAACUACUUGAAGACAUGGUUUGUGAUUGACCUUCUGUCCUGUUUGCCAUAUGAUGUCAUCAACGCUUUUGAGAACGUGGAUGAGGUUAGUGCCUUUAUGGGUGAUCCAGGGAAGAUUGGUUUUGCUGAUCAGAUUCCACCACCACUGGAGGGGAGAGAGAGUCAGGUACAUCCCUCAAAUCUCAGAACUUGUUGUCAUGUCUUUAAAGCUGAAUUAAAUGUGGGUGGUCAAAAGAAAAGUAAUUAA